AUGAGUUUAAAGAAAGUGGAGUUAAGGUGGACUGUAUGUAAGUUCAUAAGUGAACAUAAUCAUGAGCUCCUUUCUCGUAGAAGUACAACUUUGCUUUGUGGACAUAGAGUGAUAACACGUGCUCAAAAAAAUCUUAUAGAUACCCUCAAUGAGUCCGGUGUACCUCCAAGGAAGAUAAUGACAGCAUUGAGUAAAGAAUCUGGUGGCGAUCAUAAUGUUGGUUGUAUUGCUAAAGAUAUUCAAAAUUAUGUGGGCAAUAAAAGAAGAUUUCGUUUUAAAGAGGAAGAUGCACAAAAAAUGUACAACUAUUUUCUUGAGAGACAAUCCCAAAAUCCAAGUUUUGUGUACGCAAUCCAAGUAGAUGAAAAUGGAUGCAUGGGCAAUUGUUUUUGGGCAGAUGCUAGAUCACAAGCUGCAUACCAAUAUUUUGGAGAUGUUACUUUUGAUGCAACUUACUUGACAAAUUGUUAUAAGAUGCCUUUUGUUCCUUUUACUGGAGUUAACCAUCAUCACCAAUCUGUGAUGUUUGGAUGUGCUUUGCUCGUAAAUGAAACAGUUGAAUCUUAUGCAUGGUUGUUGAAAUCAUGGCUUGAGGCAAUGCUUGGAUGUGCUCCUUCUACAAUUAUCACAGAUGAUGACAAUGCCAUGGCUAAGGCAAUUGCAGAGUUUGAGACGGAAUGGAGUGAAAUUGUUGGCAAGCAUGAGUUGGUAGAGAAUGAUUGGUUGAAAAAACUUUAUAUAAGACGUGAAAAGUGGGUGUCGGCUUACUUGCGAACCACAUUUUGUACCGGCAUGUCUACAACUCAACGGAGUGAGAGUAUGAAUAAGUUUUUUAAAGAUUAUGUUCGUCCGAGCACAAUGGUGAGUGAAUUUGUCUAUCACUAUGAAAAAGCCUUAAAUGCGCGGUAUCUUAAAGAGAAAGAAAAAGAAAAAGAUGUGAAGACAAAAACUUCUAGACCGAUUUUAAAAACUCGUUACAAGAUGGAAGUAGAGGCGGCAAAGGUUUACACAAGAGAGUCUUUUUUGAUGAUUCAAGAAGAGCUAUUUAACAGUCAAAAUUACAAAUCAUCUAAACAUCGGGAAGAAGGAGGGACGAAGAUAUAUAGGGUGACCCUUCAUGGGAGAGAAAAUCCAUUUUAUGAAGUUGCAUUUGAAGCUCUUGAAAAGAAAGCUACUUGUACAUGUCAUAAGUUUGAAUUUGUUGGAAUAUUGUGUGCGCACAUUCUUCAAAUUUUUGUGAAGAAGUCUUUGGUGGACUCUAUUCCCUAA